GGUAUCUCCUAGCAGCAGCGCGCCGAUAGACGAAACUUUGACCGAUAAUUCUUCCCGUUGAGAUUUCGCGAGAGUAUUUACGUUGAAUUAACAUAUUGGCCGGGCAUGAAUUUUCACCGGUCAUUCCCGCCAGUCGAGUAUUUCGUAUAAAUAAAGAUGUAGCACGGAAUUAAAGCCUGUGUGAAAGUGCCCGCGGCCUCAGUAGCAAGUGAGAUAUAGAAUCAAAUUGAUUUCAACGUCUUGUCGUCUAGUGCCUUCCGAAUAGCCAUGGUGAGGAGUUCGACCAUCGUCCGUAACGCGGGGACCUUAUUAUGUCUGAUUGCCGUGACCCUGGCCCCCAAUAUUCAUGCGGACAACCAGGAUUUCAAUCAACAGUCGCAUCCUUUGAUCACGGAAGGUUCGAAGCUGGUGAAUUCAACUGGUGCUAAUCCGAACAACCAGCAAUUUGACAAGGGACUCUGGGAAUGGGUUACUUCGAUCUUCAACAAACCCAGUCAGAAUCCGAUCCCAACCGCUCCCCCAAUCGUUGAGCCAGUUGCACCACCGGAAAAUUGUCCAGCUUGCAAGUGCGGAUUGACGAAUAAACAUAAUAGGAUCGUCGGUGGAAUGGAAACUCAGGAGAAUCAGUACCCGUGGAUGGUGGAGCUCCUUUACAACGGGAGAUUUUAUUGCGGGGGAUCAUGCAUCAACUCUCGCUUCGCCGUGACCGCAGCUCACUGUGUUCAGGGAUUUGAUAAGACUCGAAUAAGAGUGAGGAUUCUCGUGCACGCGUUAAACUCUUCCCUAUCACAGGGUAAAAUCAAAGAGUACGGAGUGGAACGAAUAAUCAAGCAUUCCGGAUACUCCCCCUUCAACUACAACAACGAUAUUGCUUUACUGAAAUUAGACCGGCCCAUCAAGUUUGACGAUUCAAUGAGACCGGUUUGCUUACCGGAGUUACACAAGACUUUUAGCGGAGAAAAAGGGAUCGUUACCGGAUGGGGGGCGACGUCGGAAUCCGGACCGAUAUCGAACAAGCUUCAGGAGUUGAUGGUGCCGAUCCUGAGCAACGUUGAAUGCAAGGCUUCUAAGUACCCUUCGCAGCGAAUAACGGACAACAUGUUGUGCGCCGGCUACCCAGAAGGAGGCAAAGACUCGUGCCAGGGUGACAGUGGAGGUCCUCUCCACGUAGUCAACGAUUCGGUUCACAGCAUCGUCGGAAUUGUAUCUUGGGGCGAGGGAUGUGCCCAGGCAAAUUACCCUGGAGUUUAUACACGGGUAAACCGUUACGUAACUUGGAUACAGCACAACACACUGGAUGGUUGCUAUUGUUCGAAACACGACUGAUAUCGCCAGGAGUAUAUAAAUACCGAGUACACAUAUAUACGUAUGAAUAGUGAUGGAUUCAAGAGAAGCAAUUCACGACGUAUAUAGUCCACGCAAAUUUGCUGGUGCUGAUAAUACUGAUUCUCAAACUCAUUGUCAGUAUUCUUUAAGAUA